GAGGCUUUUGCAAAGCAAAAAUGUCUGCCUAAGGGAAACUCGUAACUGAUAUAUAUAGAGGAUAUUUUUCCCAGGUAUUGGCGCUUUAACCCAUAUUUCGCUGUUUUGUGGCAUAUUUCAAGAAAGUGAGCCUUCACCAGAUCACCCUAGUCGGGAUUUUAACCGGGAAAAGAUUUCUAGAUCGUCAGGAUGAAUCCUCAGCAGCGGAUUGCCGCUCUCGGAACAGACAAGGAAUUAAGUGACUUGCUGGAUUUUAGUGCGAUGUUCUCUCCACCUGUAAGUGGAGGGAAAAACAGACCCACCACACUUGGAAGCAGCCAGUUUAGUGCAUCAGGUAUGGAUGAGCGGACCAACCAAGCAUCUUGGGCCCCAGGUGGCGAGUCCAGCCCUUCCUAUGAGUCCUCCCGGGGUUUUGCUGACAGCCCUCAUUAUGGCGAUCAUUUGAGUGACAGUCGAUUAGUGUCCCAUGAAGGAUUGUCCCCAACACCUUUUAUGAACUCGAACAUAAUGGGUAAAUCAGAGAGAGCUCCAUUUGUUGGAUAUGGGAGGGAUCCUGGAGCAUCUGGCUGCCAGUCCUCUAAUCGGACAGACAUCGGACUAGCGAGUCCUAGUUCAGUGACUACAUCAGGGAAAUCCACUGCUCCGUUCUACUCCUUCACAGGGCCCAAUCCCAGAAGACGUUCUCUACAAGACGCUCCAGCAAUUGAUCCUCUACAAACAAAAAAGGUUCGCAAGGUCCCUCCUGGCCUGCCUUCAUCUGUGUACGCACCAUCUCCAAACUCAGAAGACUUCAACAGAGAUUCGCCCUCCUACUCCUCUCCUAAGCCCUCCAGCAGUAUGUUUGCAAGCACUUUUUUUGACGGUACCCACAGUUCGUCUGAUCCGUGGAAUUCGUCCAAUGGGAUCACUCAGCCCGGCUAUGGAGGAAUGCUCGCAGGAUCUUCAUCUCACAUGCCACAGUCAGGAAACUACAGCAGCCUGCACUCACACGACCGUUUGAAUUACCCCGCACACUCAGUGUCUCCAGACAUCAAUGCCAGUCUUCCUCCCAUGUCCAGCUUCCACAGAAGCAACACCAGCACUUCACCAUUCGUUACUGCAGCACACACCCCAUCCGUCAACACAGCCGAUGGGGUUAUGGCUGCUGCAAAUCGGGGGAACGCCACUGGAAGCUCACAGACUGGAGAUGCACUGGGCAAGGCUUUAGCCUCGAUUUACUCACCUGACCAUACUAGCAGUAGUUUUCCAUCAAACCCGUCGACACCUGUAGGCUCUCCUUCACCCCUGACAGCCACAGCAGGUGCUGCCUCAGCAGGAACUGUGGUGACCGCUGCCGGCACCCCAUCUGGAAGGCCAGGUAACCAAUGGCCCCGUGCUGGUGGACAGACCCCCUCCUCACCGAAUUACGAGAACUCCCUCCACUCACUGAAAAACAGAGUUCAUCAGCAGUUACAUGAGCAUCUCCAGGAUGCCAUGUCUUUCUUAAAGGAUGUCUGCGAGUCUCGAAUGGAGGAUCGUCUGGACAGACUGGAUGAUGCAAUCCUUGUUCUGAGGAACCAUGCAGUGGGCUCCACCGCCAAUCUGCCCAGCGACAUACACAGUCUGCUGGGACAGGCGCAAAAUGGGCCAAUAGCAGCUAUUGGCGCAAACUUCCCCGCCUCUGCGUUGGUUCCAAGUCGGACAGCAGCGAUGCAGGGUGGUGCCCACGCUGACGAUGCUGCCAGUCUGAACAACAGCCACGGAGGCCUUCCCAGUGCUGGCUCCACAUCAAGCACAGAACUCAACCACCAAGUGGAAACAUUCAGAGCAGGUCUUACUGCAGCCCUGAGUGGACAGGUUCCCCCCACUCUGGAGCUAAAAGUGGAAAAACAGGACAAGGACGACAUGCACGAUAGUCUUUCCAACGACGAUAAAUCAGAUGAUGAAAGUGAUAGAAGAGAUAUGAAGACACCUCGACCAGGCACACGCACAAGUAUGACUGAAGAUGAGGAUCUGAAUCCAGAGCAGAAGGCUGAGCGCGAGCGUGAGAGAAGGAUGGCCAACAACGCCCGUGAGCGCCUAAGGGUGCGAGACAUCAACGAGGCCUUCAAGGAGCUCGGUCGCAUGUGCCAGCUGCACCUGAAAAGCGAGAAGCCCCAGACUAAGCUGCUCAUCCUCCAUCAGGCAGUGGCUGUCAUACUUAGCUUGGAGCAGCAAGUUAGAGAAAGGAAUUUGAACCCCAAAGCAGCCUGCCUUAAGAGAAGGGAGGAAGAAAAAGUGUCCGGAGGCUCCGGUGAAGCUCAACAAGCCCACGCAGGGGUCCAUCCAGGUCUGACUGACACAUCUAAUCCCAUGGGCCACCUCUGAGCAGCAGACAGAUCAAAAUGAUGCAGAUAAUUUCUGUCCGGUUUGAGUCGGUGACCUUGCUUCCCAGUGACAGACAGGACUCACAGUUUGUGACACCAAUUGGAGGAGACAGACCACUUGAAGCAAAACUACAAGACUAACACAAUCCAAUCCUAAGAUUGAAGAUGAGCCUAGAGUCCAGCUCCCUGUGAUCAGUUUCCAUCUGCAAAUUUUUCCCCACAGAAAAAUCUUAAGCACAUAUCACUGUCUGCAAGAAGUGUGUCGCUUCUGAACAAUCAGAGACUUCGCAAUCUCCUCCAACUGUAUGUGGAAAUUGCCUUGUGCCUAAACUGAAUUGACGAAUGCAUUGUAACAGCAAUUGUUUUUGUUUGUUUCUUUUUUUUUCUAUUUAUUAUGUUAUUGAGCGAUAAAGUGUAUGUCUAAAGGGAAAGUUAAGUAAUUUCAAAGAGAAGUAUGCAGCUUUUCAGUUGACCUAUAGUUUGCCAGUGUCACCAUUAAAAAUGAGCACUCCACCCUGGCAAGUCUGGUAAGUCCACGAUGAGGGGAACAAAUAUUUGGGCACUAAGAAGGAAAGACUGAGAUUAAUUUAUUGGCCAGUUUAGAGUCAUAUUUAUACCAAACUGAAAAUUCACACUAGCGCCCCAUUUUAAGAAAAGAUAUAUUAUUUAUAUUUAUAUUUUAUUAAUUCUGCCACUGGCCGCAUCUGUAACCAAAACUACCUAUGUUUUUUUCUUUGUAGUUUAGACCAGUUUCUGUGCUACUGACUGAAAUCACACAAGUUUAUUUUUUACGUUCUGCAGCGACAUAAUAGACCCGACUGCAUUAGUUUGAAAUAUGCUGUCUACAAAGGUGAAUGGCAAACUCUAGUUUUACUGAAAGCUCAAAUUUAGUUGUUUUUUUCCUCAGUAGUGAGCAGAGAUAAUACAGAGAGCAAACUAUUUGCAAACCUUAGCAUUCCCUGCAUAUUUUAGUGUCUUAACUGAGGAAAAGGGGACUUCACUGCCCUUCAGUUCCUUUGCCAUAUAGUGUUUAAUGUAAGCAGUGACAUAUUUUUGCAGAUUCUUGUCUAUGUUUAGCCUGACAAUUACAUGCUCCUGAUAUCAGCGCAGAAGUGGCUUGUUUUUGUCAUUUUCCGCCACCAGCUAAUCAGAGAUUGCUUAAUGAAGAAGUAGUAUAAACGACGACCACACUUUCUCCUGGCCUGAUGAACAUAUCACAUAUAUUUCUGUUACUCUCUCAAAAUAUUAAAUUUCAAAAGCAGUUAUUCUGAGUAAAAUUUAGUUAUGCUUAUUUGUGUCGUAACAAGUCAUUUUUUUCUCUUGGCUUCCAGCAGAUAAAUGUCCAUUUUGAAUUAGCACAGAGAGCAUCUAAGUUAUUUUUCAACGAUCCAAGCAGUGAUUUACUCAGUACAGAUAUUUCAUGGAUUUUGUUGGAUAUCAAAAAUAGUUGGAUUGGUUGAAGUGUAGCACAGUAAUGAACAAAAGCAGUUAACAGAUUUCUCGUUUAUGUUUAAAGACAUGAUCAUGGCUUUAUUUUGUUUUCCAUAUCAGUGUGCAUGCUUUACAUUUUCUCCUUUAUUAAGUCUUUGGUCUUAAGACUUGCUUUAUAUUCCAUUUAUUUCUUUGUAUAUUGUCUUCUAUCAUAAUCUACACCUUAAACAAGGCUGCCACAUUCAGAAUGAGUAUUCUGUACAAAAAGGGAAUCCAGUUAGAAUUAUGGAUGCCACACCAAGAGUUUACAUUAAAAAAAAUACAAUUUGAUAUCUUUUAGUGAAGAAAUCCAAACAGUUUUUGUGUAUUCUCUGACUGAAUGUGGCCUUGUUCUUCAUUUCAGUAUUCAUAAACUUGUAUUCAUGUGGCAGACUUUGAUUGAGGCUAUAACGUAUGUCACUUCCUGCUCUCUUCCCUUCUUUUUUGUUAUUUCCUCUUCCUCCUAUAUUUCUUUGCUCCUCUGUUUGCCAAGUUAGACUUUGCUGUAUUCCCAGAUGCUUUCCCUUGUAUAGUAUAUGAAAAAAAAGAAAAUCAAAAGGAAAAAAAAAACAUUUGGCUUAUUUUUCACUGUAGUUAGUCUUUUAUACAAUAAUACUGUAAGAAUAUUUCUUGAAGUCUAAAUAUUACUCUUUCUAGAUUUUUGAAAGCAAAAGUUUUGAGUAAAAAGUUUCUUACUUUAUUUUACUAUAUUAGAUAGUAAAAUGUACGGUUAUUUACCAUGACCUGUCCAUUAUUACCAGAAAUUUACAAAGGGUAUCUCAAGAACAUAGAUCAAUUGUUGCUCGUAGUCUAGUAUUUAAAAGGCUUUGUACGAGCUCCAGAUUCCUAAAAGUGCGACCUCCAUAAUUCUUCAGUCUCCGUUGUUGAUUGAUAACAGAUUUGUUCUUGUGUCAAAAGGUAUUGUCGAUGCACAUCAAAAAAAGCGGCAACGAGAAUUUGAAUUUUCUGUCUUUUUCAACAGAAAAAAAAACAAUGUAUAUAACAUUUAUGUUGCAAUAAAUGUGCCAUCUUUUUUUAAA